AGAUUAUUACUACUACUACUCCGUACUCCUAACUGGAGUGUUCUGAUUGCCGAUGGUUUGUUCCUUCUCCCUCGCCGUUUAUAUAUAGGACGCCAAGCAACACCAACCACCAGAGCCGCCAUUAAAUCUGCGAGUUGGCCGACCUGCCGUUUGCCAGAAUGAUGGACACCGCGGCGCACGUUCUCGUGUUCCCUUGGCCACGGCAGGGGCACAUCAACCCCAUUCUCCAUUUCGCCACCGCCCUCGUCGACGCCGGUCUCCAAGUCAGCUUCCUCCACACCGAGCGCAACCUCCGCCGUCUGGCCCAGGCGCCUCUGCUGGGCCUCCGCUUGCUUUCCAUUCCCGACGGCCUCCCCGAAGACCAACCCUGCAGCUUCUUGGAUCUCAUGGAGUCCAUGUGCACGACCGGCAGCGCCGCGUACCGUGCCCUGCUCCUGUCGCUUCUCUCCGCCGUUGAUGCGCCCGUGACAUGCGUUGUCGCCGAUGGCACCAUGCCGUUCGCCUUCGACAUCGCCGAGGAGCUCGGCAUCCCGGCGCUCGCCUUCGCCCCGCACAGCGCGUGCAGCUACCUGGCGCUCCUGUCCAUGCCCAAGCUCCUCGAGCUCGGCGAGGCCGCCUUCCCCGCGGACGACCCGGUGCGUGGCGUGCCGGGGAUGGAGGGCUUCCUCCGUCGACGUGACCUUCCUCGUGGUCUCUCCUGCGCUGAAAAAGGCGACGGAGACCCCUUGGUGCUAAAGCUUGCCGAGGUCACCGCCCGGAGCUGCAAGGCGCGUGCGCUCAUAAUCAACACCGCUGCGUCCAUGGAGGGGCCAGCGCUCGCUCACAUCGCGUCGUGCGCAUGCGAGGUCUUCGCCGUCGGCCCACUGCACGCCAGGUCCACGAUCGCCGAAAGCGCGAGCCUGUGGCGGGAGGACGACGGGUGCAUGGCCUGGCUGGACGGCCACGAGGACCGGUCCGUCGUGUACGUGAGCCUGGGAAGCCUCGCCGUGAUCACCCACGAGCAGUUCACUGAGUUCCUCUCUGGUCUGGCAGCCACCGGGUACGCCUUCCUCUGGGUUCUCCGGCCGGGCAUGGUCCAGAUGACCAGCUCCAAGCUCCUCGGAGCAACCGUCGAGGCAGUGGGAGGCGGCAGGGGGCGCGUCGUCGAGUGGGCUCCUCAGCGGGACGUGCUGCGUCAUCGGGCGGUGGGCUGCUUCCUGACACACGCCGGAUGGAACUCGACGCUGGAGUGCGCCGUGGAGGGCGUGCCGAUGGUGUGCUGGCCCUUCUUCGCCGACCAGCAGACCAACAGCCGCUUCGUGGACGCCGUGUGGAAGACGGGGCUGGACAUGAAAGACGUCUGCGACAGAGGCGUCGUGGAGAAGACGGUGAGGGGGGUCAUGAUUUCGGACGAGAUCAAGGAGGCGGCCCAAGCCAUGGCGCAACAGUUGAGGCUCAACAUCGCGGAGGCGGGGUCGUCGUCAUUCCAGUUCGAGCGGCUCGUCCGCUUCAUCGGGGAGCUCAACAUCAGCUCCUCUCUAAUGAAGCCCAGAAUGAACGAAGACUAGUACAGGCUGGUAGCAAUUUGCCAGACACUGAGUAAAAUAAUCGCAUUGUUAAGUGCCACCAUCAAUUAUGGAGAUAUAUGCAGAGCAAUAAUGUUUUUCUUAAAAAACUAGAUAAUUGUCCGUGUAUUGCAAAGGAAUAUACUAUUAAGUUGAUCCAAUGAUUAUUUUCUCAAAGAAAAA